AUGGGAAACACCUCGUCCACUACCACCCGCAAGUCCACCGCGGGCCAGCGCCUGGACGUCCGCAAGUCGCUGUCGGGAUCGCACAGCGCCCGUGGCGACUCCCUUUAUGAUGACUUCAACGACUCCAUUCUACAUCCCGUCAAGCGGGAGGCCCCACCACCGUUGGUGCCAGUCAAGCAAGACCCCAACUACACCACCCAGAACCAGUUCACCAACGAUCUUAUCGAGGACGAGUUCAAUGAGCUUAAUGAUGGCUUGAUCGAAACUGAGGCCACCAACCUUGCCCGCAACAUCCUUCCCAACAGCGAGUUUGACACCAGCAUCGACAUGGACGAUGCCAUGGACAUCGAUGAUGUGCCUCCAGGAAACACCACCCACGAGGAGGUGUUUCCGUCCGAUUCUCUUCCUGAACCAACCGACCUCUCCAAGGUGGACUUCACCAAGAUCACCAACCAGAGCCCGUUCAAUCGCCGCACCAACAUGAGCGACAUGAGGCUCUCGCAGUACCAGAACCAACAGCCCAACCACAAAAAGGCCAGGAACAACAACUACACCUACCAGUCGAGCACUAUGGAAACCCUCAUUCCGGUGGAGAUCAAAUGGGUCAAUUCCAAUAAAGAGCCUAUCAACAAGAUCUCCAUCAUAGGUUCGUUUUCCAACUGGAGAGAUAUCAUCAAGCUUGUACCCUCGCCAUCCCACGACAACGAAUAUAUCACCACCAUCACCUUGCCGUUGGGUGUUCAUAAGCUUCUCUAUAUAAUCAACAACGAGUAUAGAGUCAGUGACCAGUUGCCUACAGCUACAGAUCAGGAGGGUAUAUUUUUCAAUUGGUUCGAGGUGAUUGAUGAGGCCCACUUGUUCAACCACUCCAACCAUCAAACAAAUCAUCCCGACGAUGCCUCCACCGCCUAUGACGCAAAUAUCAUCUCUCCAGAUUAUCACAAUCAUUUCCAGAGGAGUACCUCCUCGGUUGGAAAACAACAGGCAGGAAAGUAUGACGUUGGUAAAAUUAAUAGAAAGUCAAACAGCUUCUUGGCAAAAAUAUCUAAGGAGUCUUCCAACUUCGAACAUGUGGAAUAUUUAAGUGACCUGAAUCAGGAUUUAGAAGAAUUUAAGCAAAGUCAACAACAUUCGGAAAACUAUCCCUAUGGCAAUGAAAGUCAUGCCAAUUCCAAUAAAUACGUACCAUAUCAUGAAACCCUAUCUUCUACCUCACUUCAGAAGGGUGAUGAUGAGUUUCAGAACCCUCCACUUGAAUACUCCAGUGAGAUCCCUGAAAUGUUUGUCAACUAUGAUUACUUCAAAAACAAAAGCCCAAACUAUGAGUUACCAGAACCCCCACAGUUACCUGCCCAUUUGAAUAAUGUUUUAUUGAACAAAAUCUCCAAUUCUUCCAAUAAUGGAAGUCAGGGCCAAUUGACUAACAUUCCUCAAAUUCCAAGCUCAUAUCAUCAUCCAAGCUCUGCGGACCCUCUCAGACCGCCACAUGCUGGAUAUAUGGACGGAAGUGCCUCAAGUUCUGGUACUUCUUCGACCAGUACGAGUCAUUUUAAAAGGCCACCCUUGAGAAGAGCCGACUCAUCUUAUUAUGCUAGCAAUAAAGAGGCUUAUCAUUUGUCCAUCCCUAAUCAUGUCAUCUUGAAUCAUUUGAUGACUACUUCUAUUCGAAAUGAGGUUUUGACGGUGGCCUGUAUUACCAGAUACUCAGGGAAAUUUGUUACUCAAAUAAUGCAUUCUCCAGCUGAUAAGUGA